CCCCGCUCAAACCGCCGCCAAAAAUCGAAUUUCCUUCGACAAAGAUGGGGCGCCGGAAACUAGUCGUCCAUUCCGAUUCCGACGAGGACGACGGCGAGGGCGAGGGCACGCCCACCGCCACCCCCGCCUCCGCUUCGGCCUCGGCCUCCGUUGCCAGCGGCGGCGGCGGCCGGCCCUCGCCCUCAAACCCUAGCCCCGUCCCGGUCCCCUUCCCUUCCCUCUCGCAAUCCUUCGAUCCCGUCGUGAUCUCCGACGACGAUGCGGAGGAGGAGGAGGAGGUCCACGAGAUUGUGGACUCCGACGGGGACUCCCCCAUCGUAGACGCCCCCGAGGUCAUCUCACCGCCGCCUCCAGCGCCCGCUCCCCCUCCUACCGUUGCCCCGUUCCGGGCCCCAACCCCCACCCCGCCUCCUCCCGCUCCAGCUCCCCCUCCCCCUCCCCCUCCUACCACUACCCCAUUCUGGACCCCAACUCCGACGCCCCCUCCGGCGCGGACCCCAACCCCAACCCCGACUCCGCCGCCUCCCGUGCCUGCUCCCGGCCCCCCUCCUAUCACUACCCCGUUCCGGACCCCAACUCCGACUCCGACCCCGCCUCUGGCGCGGACGCCGCCUUCGGCAGCGUCUCCGCACCCGAGCCCGCCGCCGUCGGCGCUCAGCGGGCGGCUGCGCCCGGUGUACGAGCUCCUGCGGGGGCUCGGGCUGCGGCUGCGCCCGGAGUGGCUCGAGUCCUGCGCGGCGGGCAUUCCCGGGUUCGACGUCCUCGGCGGCGCGGAGGCGCAGGCCAGGCGGUGCUUCGAGCAGUUCCUCUUCGCCGACAUGAACGCCUGCGGGGCUGGGGUCCUCCCGGAGGGUGUUGGAAGCAUGCACGCCGCCGUCCUUGAUGGCCCCUUCGUGCUCCAGGUUGAUGAAAUUGUCAACAUGUCAGCUCCUUUGAAGGAAAGAUAUCGUGAUGCACAUGCGGGGCCAAAACGAUGCUUAAAACUGUCAAUGACAGAUGGCAUCCAACGCAUAUUUGGAAUGGAAUACAGGCCUAUCAAAGACCUGGCAGUUCUAGCUCCUGCUGGACUAAAGAUUAUUAUACGGAAUGUGCACAUAAGGAGGGGGCUUCUUAUGUUAGUUCCCGAGGUUAUUAAUAUUCUUGGGGGCGUAGUUGAUGAAUUGGAAGCAGCACGUGGUAGACUUGUUUCUGAAGUAAACAAACCACCUCGUGGGAAAAGAAAACAAGGUGGAUUACCUUUGUCUUCAAGAGCCACUCUAGCUGCCUGGCCAUGUAGUACCAAUGUUACAAAUGGUGGUGGGCAAGGGGUCUCAAUGCCUAGAGCAGUUAAUUCUUCUCAUCCAACAGGAUUUGAUACUAUAAGGCCAUGUAGUACCAAUGUUACAAAUGGUGGUGAGCAAGGGAUCUCAAUGCCUAGAGCAGUUAAUUCUUCUCAUCCAACAGGAUUUGAUACUAUAAGGCCAUGUAGUACCAAUGUUACGAAUGGUGGUGAACAAGGGAUCUCAAUGCCAAGAGCAGUUAAUUCCUCUCAUCCAACAGGACUAGGUAUUGGUAGAAGUACAGAAACUGUGGUUCAAGAGCAUGUUAGCCCUCCUGUAGUAGUUAACACUGUCCAAGAGCAAAUCCAGGGUGUCCAAGAAAUUAACAUGGAGGAUCCAUCUACUUAUGAUACCAGGAAAAAUACAGAAACUUCUGCACAUACUGCCCAUGAAUAUAAUCACACUCAUAUAAAUGAAACAAGUACACAGACUAUCGUAGAAGAAUGUGUUGACCCUCCUAUUAGAGCAAACAAUGCCCAUGAACAAAUACAGCGUGUCCAAGAAAUCACCAUGCAGGAACAGGCUAAUGUCUUUGGUAUGCCUGCAUCGUCUGUGUCUACCCCUUUCGGGUAUGAUUCCCAACAUGGGUCACAUGUUAAUUGUGACACUGCUGCUAUUGAUGUGGAUGCUGCACGGUCUCCAAAUGUCUACAGGAUCAAUCAUAUGGAAUACUCUUUCAUUCUAAGUGGUGAAAAUGAAAAACCAUUUACAUAUAUUUGCAGCCUGCUUGAUGACUGGGGUACACAACAGGAUACAAAGGCCUACAUUCAAGGAAAAAUCAAGGGUCUGAUCACUUCUGUCAAAAGUUUCCAAUAUAGACAACGUACCAAAUAUGAGCUUUAUGUAUAUAUAGAUGAUGGGAGUUUUAUUUCGGAGGCCAUUGUUGACCAUGAUAUUGUGAAGAACAUGCUUGGUCUUUCUCCUGGAGAGGUCACUGCAGCUCUUGCUGGUGAAUUCGAGUUAGCAUCACCCAGUGAAGUAAAAGAAACUAUGAGAGGGUUUCAGAGUUUUUUGGUGAAAUUUGAGGGUAUGAUGCUCAUUGAGUACAACAAAGACUUUUCUAUUCCUAUCGUACGUGAGUUCAAUGAAGGCUCUUCAAGUUCUAAUGCGUGGCUUCUGCUCCGAAGGCUGAAAACAUUUUCUUCUCAAAGACACAUGCGAAGUCUGGAUGCUAUGGAUACCACUCCAUGAUAAUUUGCAUCCUUACAUGAUUGAUGAUGAUGCAUACACAUAUAUUGCGAUGAGCCAGGUCAUUGGCCAUGUGCAUCUGUGAAGUAUCAGUACUUAGCUUCAGGCUUCAGACACCUGUUGGCUUCUUGUAUAUCUUACUGUAAUUAUCCUUUCUAUGUGUUGGUCCUCGUGCUUUAUUCUGAACAUUUUAAUCAACACUGAUUCACAUCACUUGAUAUCAUACAAUACUGCGAAAUUUAGUCGGUAGAUUAGUAAUCGAAACAUUAUGAAUUUAAAGCAAACCAGGUAUCCAGAAAUGGUGCUGGUCCUAAACCCCAAACAUUUGUUAUGGCCUG